GUCAAGAUCGUGAAUGUGAAUAUUGAGCGGACAUCCGCCUACGAGCCGUCCUUGUCCGGCGUCUAUGACGCCAUGUCCGCCGGACGCUUCUUGAAGAUCAAGAAGGAAUUCUUCACGGCUUUUUUCGAGGUGGCGCCUGUCGGCCAGAACUACUUCAAACAAUCUCUGACCCGUCUCCUCUUCAUCGCGGACAAAGUGCUGUUCUUUUCCUUGGAGAUGCUGAGGCAGCCCAAGAAGAUGGUUUCGGAGAUGUCUGCGCUGGGACUGAAACACGUAGGUUUCGGGAUCCCCACCGACCUCUUCACGCCCUUCAUCAGC